UGCAACAGCAUAGUCAGGUGUGUUUCAGGUUUCGCCGUAAGCAGCGAGUCAACGAAAGUUCCCACAGGUGUCCUGUGUAGGGCGUGUCCCUUCCUUUGCAUGCAGGAAACAGCUCCAGGCCUGGCAUCAAGUAAACAGAUGUACAGUUUAUCAGCUAAUAUGGGACAUUUGUUCAGCACAAGGCUCAGGUUCCUGACUAACUAAACUGAUCAGUGGCAGACAUGGAGAGUGGUUCAUUUAAUCGGAGGUCCUGGAUGACGCAGUCCUUGCGUGUCACAGCCAAGGAGGUGUCACUGGUCAGUGGGCGAGGGAAAACCAACGCCAUCGCCGAACGCUUCUCCAAGUAUCAGAAAGCAGCUGAGGAGGGAAGUUCAGAGAAGAAAAAGGGAUCCUUUGAGAGUACGUCAUCGUCCCUACGCUCGGGCAACCUGACUGCUCUGAAAAAGCGCUGGGAGCAAGCAGGAAGUCAGGAUAAAACCCCUGCUGCUCCACCUCCAAGAGGCUCCAGCAUUCGCCGCAGCCGCUCAACUCUGACCAGGUCCGCCCCCGUCCCCGAGGAGGUCCCCCAGGUGAAGAGUUCCACCCCGCCGAGCGAGCCGAGAGAUCAGAAGGCGGCCGACAGAGUCCAGCAGACUCCUGCAGCUCCAGAGGGUGAAGACCACAGAGUGAUGGAGAGAGAGGAGCCUAUGCACAGGAGGAAAUUGGAGAAGGUUGAGGAACAGGUCCUCACUAGUCCAUGUGCCACUCAUGAGAAACCCAGAGUCCCGCUGACUAACCUGAAGAUGAAGUUUGAGCAGGGAGAAGACUCCAUGGUCAAGGGCGGCAGGUUGACAAUACGCAGCACUUCCUCUGAGGACAUGGAGGAGAACAGAAGUCAAUUGGACAAAUCCCUGGAGUCUUCCUCUCUGAGGGCGAAGAUGGCCAAGUACCAGUCUGCUGCUAAUCAACGGGACACCCCCCACUCUGGUCAGAUCCCAGAUGUGUCUGCUCCCAAAACAUCUGCGCACGAGAAGACCACGACCAUCCCUGAGUGCAACGGCGAGGGCGCCGAGCAGCCCAGACCGGUCAGGAGGUUUGUCCUGCCGGUGAGAGAAAAGUGUGUUUCUUGUGGAACAACCGUUUAUCCCCUGGAGAGGCUGGAGGUUAAUAAGCAGGUUUACCACAAAAACUGCUUCUGCUGUUCCUACUGCUCCACAAAGCUGAGCCUGUGGAACUAUGCCUCUCUCCAUGAUAAGAUGUACUGCAAGCCCCAUUAUAAUCAGCUGUUCAAAGCCAAAGGGAACUACGACGAAGGCUUCGGCCACCGUCCUCACAAAGAGCUGUGGGAACCGCGAGCAGACGAAGAGGAAAGCCAGGAAGCUGUGAAGCCAAAAGAGCUACCAGAAACAAUGAAGAGUCCAGUUGAGAGGCCUCCUGAGACGCAGCCAGCUUCAAAUGGAGACACGUCCCCUUCAGUGAAGGUCACUGACCUGACCGCCUUGCUGGAGAACCGUGGGCAGAAACACGCCGACUCUGUAGAGAAACAUCCUGCUGAUCUUCCCGCCGAGACUCACAGGCUGAGGAUUGCAUGGCCUCCUCUGGCCGAGGAGGGCCACACCGGGACACCGCUCAGCCCCGUCACAGAGGGCCUGCCUGCAAGCCGGUCCUGGAGGUCCAAGUGGCCCCCAGGAGAUGAGGUGCAUCUAUCUUACCAGAGCUCGGAGCGGGCCGAGUUGAAGAGCCUGAGGAGGAGUAAGUCUCUAAAGGAGCGAUGUCGGCCGUUUAUGCUCGCAGCAAAUCCGACCCCCAAAACUACCCCCAUAGAUCCCAUAGAGCGCCACCGUCCCCUCAGGUCUCUGCAGGAGUGGAAAAAAUCCUUUGAGGAAAAACAAUCAUCUGGAGAAACUUCCAGUGCCACUAACGGAGAGGUUCAGCGGGAAAAGGAAACUCCUCUAGCUCCUGAAGUCGCAACAAAUAGAAGUGAGACGAAGCGUCCACCUGAACAGCAGGAGGACAGACACGAACGAGCAGCAGUGAAGGAGGUGAAGAGCACUUAUAGAGGCCUUUCUCCUGACAGAUCCUCUUCAUCUCCUCCUCCUCCUCAGCCAAAAGAGAACCACACCUCACAGGAAGUGGAUGAAGGAAAUGAUGCUGAGGAUCAGAGUGCAGAAGAUAUGAUCAAGAAGAACCGCUACUAUGAUGAUGAUGAUGAAGAUGGCUUAAUGGUAUAGGUGUUUGAUUUGUGUGGGCUCAGCUCGUAGUUGUAAAGUAGCUUUCCCUGAUUACACACACACACACACACACACACACACACACACACACACACACACGACCGCAUUAGGUGUCUUACUAUUUUUUUAGACAUUAAAAGUUUUUUACAAUCUUUUAUCAAACCUUAAUUUGGACGUCUUUAAUGAAUCGUUGAUGAUUUAUCUCUUGGAGGACUGAUGGUCUUUGUUUUCUUGUAGAAAAUCUAAUAAUCAGUUCUGAUGUUUGUGACUUCAGCUCAACUCAAACAGCUCGGCCUGAGUUUUCUCCUCAGGGAUGAGCAGACCUGAUUUCCGGUCGCGUCCUCUCCUCCUGGAGGAGCUGAAAUGACAGAAAACUGGAAUGUUUCAAAGGUUUCAGCUCAAACUCCCACUUCUGUUGAAUCACUUCUACAAUCAGAACUUUUUCACUGUGAUGUUUCGUAGGUCUACAAUUAUUUUUUUCAUCUUUUAAAACGCUUUGAUCACAACGAAUGAGACAAAAUAGGUAGCUAAGGUGUCAGUUAUCUACGGUCUGUCGAUAUUCUCUUGGGGUUUCCAAGUCUAAGACAAAAGUUCUCAAAUGUAAUCCAUGUUGUAGGUAAAACACAUUUAACCAGUUUCAUGUGGAAUAAAAUUGUUUGCACAAGUAUUUGUCUAAUAAAAUAUUCAACUUCAAA